GAAUCAGCGACGAGACCGCAAGCUACAUCAUCGUGGCGGCGCUCCUGUCGAACCUCGUGAAUCAUGAACUGUUCACCUCGGAGGAGGGACUCAGGAUGGUGGAACGGGCCAACUCGGACCUCCAACACAUCCUUAGGGACAGGCACAUAAGCAUCGAACAGCUGAUCGCUAAAAUAUCCUACAACUGCACAGAGCUCCUCCUGCAGUGCUCGCUCGCAGGCAUUCUGGUUAACGCGACCCGGUGCUGUGAGGAGUUCCAGCCCGUCAAGACCAUGUCCGGCCUAUGCUUCCAGCGCAUCGCGGGGCCCAACGACCGCCAGGCCAUGGUCGGAGAGUACAGCGGCUUUUCCAUCUACACCAGGCUCUUCAAAUACGAUCUCAUGAGUGGGUGUAACUUGCGGCUUCCGAAAUCGCUGGAUCACACUCUUUUUCACCGUGACCUAGCUGCAUUUUCUCUUUCGAUCCCUUUUUUCUAAGAUUAGCCUACUUGCUCUUGCUCAGGCUUUUUAAAUGU